AUGAACAUUCUUAAUAAAGAUGUUAUCGUAAAGGUUUUUGAUUUUUAUUGCAAACAGCAAUAUGUACAAGGAUAACAUGCUACAUUUGAAAGACAAUAAUAUGAAGCUUCAAUAUUUACAGUUGGAAAAUGGAUGCAUUUUUGUAAAGAUUUUCAAAUUAAAGCAAAAAAUUAGAGAAUAUUAGAACUAUUUAAGAAAUAUGCUAAAAACUAAAAGGAAUUAAAUUAUGAUUAAUUUAUAUAACUCUUAAAUAUGUUAGCAAUAGAGGAAGGUUAAGACUAAGAAUAAUUUAUUGUAAGUUUAGGUUUGGAUAAUUGGAAACUGUGUUAAUAAAAAAUGAAACCUUUUUAGAAACCUUUUUAAAUGAGAGAUAAAGAUGAGAGAAUAAAAGAAGUUAAGUAUGAAUAUAAGAUAUUUCAUCCAGAUGUUAAAGAUGAUGAGUAGAUUAAAUAAAUUUUAUUGUAAAGAAAAGAAUAAAAUGAAUAUUAGAAAUAGAUAGAAAGAGAAAAAAAAGCAUUUAAUAAAUUAUAGUUUGAACUAAAGCAUUCAACAAAAUCACAGUUAAUUGAAAAAUAUCCAAAUUUAAUUCAUCUUAUUGAAAGACUCCCAAAUCCUUCUAAACCUACAACCUGUUCUUAUAUGAAUAGAUCAAAAAUUAAAUCUUAGCAUGUUUUAGAAUAAAAGAAAUCAGGUUUAACUUGGGAAAGUUUGAAUAAUUUACCAAUAGCUUAAGAUUUUGUGAGAAAUUUAGUAGAUGAUGAAGAGGAUUAAUUUUUAUAAGAAUAUUAAUUAAAUAGUAAAUAGGUUAGUGUAAAUCGGUAUUAACCAUAAAUAAUUUAGAAAAUAGAUAGAGAGUAAAGAUCAUUUUCUGAUUACAAUAAGAUUUAACCAAAAAUUAAUUUAAGUUAUGAUUAGAUACCAAAAUCAUAAAAUCAAAAUAAUUAAUAAUUAAUAAUUUUGAAUGAAAAAUAAGGUGUUAAAGUAAAAGCCUUACUAUAAAAUUUAGAUCAAUCAUUCUAAAAAUAGAAUAUUACUCAUAAUAUAGAAAAGCAUUUAGAUUCACUUUAAGUAACAAAGAAGAAACUUCUUUAAUAGCAAUAACAAUAGAAUUAUUAAAAUUAUUCAGUUGAAUAUAUUAGAGAAAGGAAAAGUUCUUAAGUGCAGAAUGAAUUUUCAUUUUAGAAAGAAAAAAAUUAUCCUAUUAAAAUAAAUAAUUAAAUGAGUAAAAGAGUAUAAGAAAUAUAAGACAUAUAAGCAGUUAAAGAAAAAAAUCUUUUAAAUUCAAUGUUAUCUUAUUAAAGGUAAAAAAUAAGAAAAUAAUAAAAGUAUUGA